AAAAAGCAUUUACAAACAAUCAAUGAAAUAGAAAAUCAUCCAAAAUGUCGCUAUAUGACACCAAAUGAGAUUGUUUGGUGCUUGCCAGAGAGAAUGAAGAUUGAUUCAGUGUCCAGGUUCCCCGUCAUAAAGAAAAGCUUCUCAGUUGACAAUGCACAAGUGUUACCUUCUACAAAGCCAUCUCCAUGCAAAGAAAUGAUGACCCAUCCAUCUUCAAAGAAUAUCGAGAGUGCGAUGACCCUUACACCAGAGGAUGCAAACAAUACUACACCUCCCUCUUGCCAACCCGCAACUAAUGUCAUUGAGAAACAAAAAAAUGGGUACUCUUUGGCUAAGAUGAGCAUUGAACUUUCAGAAGAUGAAACCACCAACACAGAGAUUAUUGGGCAAUCGGGACAUGCGAGGGAAAAAUGACAUCGUCAAGGUGCAUGCAAUCACAAGAAUAAUGCUGCACAAGAAUACUAUUGUUUUUAGCAACAUGAACGACAUAGAAGAGAUGCACCUACGAGCUACACUACUACCUUUCUACAUAAAAUUAGUUACAUCCUUGCUUGAAUUGUAAUCCUGACAAACUCACGUUAUUACUAUUUCCAAAUGACCCUAUGCAUAUUACCUAUGCAAUUAUUAAGUCUGAAUUGUGAAGUCUAUGGGUGAUAUGUACUUUACAGAGCUGAUUAUCUGUAUUUUACUUCAA